GGAAAGGUCGAAAUACUCGACGUCCGUCGCGAAGGCUCGACCCCGCGGAGAGGAAUCGUUUUCCGUUCUUACGUAAAAUUCGAUGGCUUUGAAAGAGUACGUCUUCGAGAAGCAGCUGGGAGCUGGUUCUUUCGGAACGGCUCAUCUCGUGAGAAGAAAAUCCGACAGCUCGCCCUUCGUCAUCAAGAAACAAUGCCUCGAAGACUACAAAGUCGUUACGAACGAAGUAAAUUUAUUAAAGAAAAUGAGGCAUCCCAAUAUCGUCAUGUACCACGAUUCCUGGAAAGAGGGGCAACAGUUAUUUAUUUUAAUGGAAUACGCUAGCCGUGGAACGCUGAAACAAUAUUUAAGCCGACGUCGAGUUCCUCUACAAGAGGAGGAUGCUCUGUACCUGUUUGCCCAAAUGGUCUUGGGCGUGCAUCAUAUCCAUAAGAAAAUGGUGCUGCAUCGAGACCUUAAGCCUGGAAACAUAAUGCUCAGUGGACCGAGAGGAGACGUCGUCAAAAUUGGCGAUUUUGGAGUAUCGAAAAAUAUCGCUCGUGAAAUGGGAGUAACAAGAGUCGGCACGAAGUGCUACAUGGCACCGGAAGUUCUCAAAGGAACGGUCUACGAUUACAAAUGCGACAUAUGGAGCCUUGGUGUCAUCCUCUACGAAAUGCUGACCAAGAGAUUUCCCUUCAACGUGAGAAGCCAGGUGGAUUUGAUACGGCAAAUUUGUCAAGGAGUUUUAUCCCCCCUGCAACGAGGGGACGCGUCUUCGGCCGUGCGAAAUUUAACGUACAAAAUGCUGGACACGAAACCCGAGGGAAGGCCAAAAUCCAGAGAUCUGGUCCUGUGUCCGACGAUAAUACCUCACAUCGGCCGUGUUUAUAAAAACCUCGAUAACGUCGAUAGAGCUAUGAUAAUCGACCAGAAAGUUAGCAGUUGAUUCUGCAAAAUUCUAAACGACCAAAGUAACUCCUAGAAUUUCCCGUUUUAAAGAUAAAUCAUUUUUACGAAAGAAACCGAUCGAGGUACGGGACGCGUUGACGCAACCGCUGCAUUUAGAAAACUACGAUCACUCGUUUGCCAAGAAAGUAAGAAAAUGUGUUUAACGUUUCACCGCCCAACUCUUUUGUUUUAUUUCAGUUCCGUUACUCGUUAAAUCAUUAUGAAUUAAUUUUAUCUUAGCAGUAACAUUAAGACGUUUAAUCAGUAAGUAUGCGUGUGUUUCGUUACCGAUCUAACAAUAAAUAUCAGUAUCAGUU